AAUGAGGACUAAGGGAUUGCAAGACUUGCAUGGAGGACGCAGAUUUCAUGCUGAUGAAGCAUUAGCUUGUUUUUUAUUAAAGCAACUUCCUCGAUUUAAGGAUGCAAAAAUUAUUAGAACUAGGGAUCCAGACGUUAUUGAAAGUGCAGACAUCGUUGUUGACGUAGGAGCUAUAUGUGAUCCUGAAAGGAAUCGCUAUGACCACCACCAGCGCGAUUUUCACGAGACGUUUACUAAAAAACACCAAACGAAACUAAGUAGCGCUGGGCUCGUGUACAAAUACUUCGGCGAGGAGAUCAUCGAGCUAUUUUGCAACGGUAUAUCAAAGGAAGACCUUAAAACUAUCUACAACGUUCUUUACGAACGAUUUAUUGAGGGUAUUGAUGGAAAUGAUAAUGGAAUAAAGCAAUACGGUGAUGCAAUACCUCUUUAUCAAAGCAAUACUGAUUUGCCCUCGAGGAUCAACUUUCUUAAUCCUGAAUGGAACGAAGAGCAAGAUGUUAACUUCGACGAACUUUUCCAAAAAGCAAUGGGCUUAGUUGGUCAAGAAUUAAUGUGCCAUCUUAAUUUUUUACUAAAAAGCUGGUUGCCCGCCCGUUCAAUUGUUAUUGAUGCUUUAAACAAUCGCUUUGCUGUAGACCAAUCAGGUUUAAUAGUAGAGCUGACUCGAAAUUGUCCCUGGAAAAGCCAUCUUUUUAAUUUGGAAAAGGAGUUGGGGCUUCAAGAAAAAGAACUUCCUCUAUAUGUUAUCUACGAAUGCGACGGUAGCUGGCGCGUUCAGGCUAUCCCCCUUCAUGAACAAAGUUUCACCUUACGGAAAGGUCUUCCGGAAUCCUGGCGAGGCCUAAGAGCAGAAGAGCUCUCGAAAGUUUCUGGAAUUCCCAGUUGCAUAUUUUGCCACGCUACUGGAUUUGUGGGAGGCAAUAAAAAUAAAGUGGGCGCUUUUGAAAUGGCUAAGACCUCUUUGAAACUUCCAGAGACGUAA